AUGCAAAAUAUAGAAUUUCCUUCUCCUUAUAUACAAAUACUCGAUGUUGAUGGACCAUACGAUAAUGCAUUGUUCAUUCUAUCUUAUCAUAUCAAUCAGCGAAAGAUAGAUAUUAUAGAAAAGGGGAAAUAUCGCGAAUGGUCAUAUGGUCGUCCUUUCUUAUUAGGAAUCGAAUCGAGCAAUUAUAAGUUUUUACCAGUAACACACGGAUUUAAAAACAGGUCUGCUACUACCGAAAGUGGAGCCUCAAUGGGAGCAACUCUUAAUGAGCCAUUCUGGCCUCUUUGUCAUGGUAAUCAGCUUACCGAGUUGACUUUAAACAUUAUACUUCCUAAAGAAUUUUUCAAAUCAUUAGAACCUAAAGAAUAUUGCCAACUUUUAAUCGACGAUUUUAAAAUAGGCUCAGUGGUCAAGUUUUACAGAUGGUCACUUGAAAUCAUUGAUGCAGAUCAGACAACGCUUCGAUAUCUUGCGUCAAGAUAA